AUGGCUCAACCUGGUGUUCUUUCUGUAAAACAAGUCAUCGGUGUGCGAAGUUUGGUCACGAACGGCUUGGCAUUUCAAGAUGAGCAGACCGUUGUAUACAUCGCUGGUGGAAAUAUUGUCCUAUAUGGUAUCGAUCAGAAAUCACAAAGAGUUAUUCCAUGUUCAAUCAACGCUCAAGCACUGACAACAAUGACUGUUAGUCCGAAUCGACGUGUGAUAGCCAUUGCUGAAAAAAUCAACGAUCAUCCAUCAGUGACCAUCUAUGAUCUUCAAACUGGUAAACGAAGAAAAACAUUACAACCUGAAACAAUGAAGUCUAGCGAUAUCGUUUCAUUACUGUUCUCACCGGAUUCGAAAUAUUUAUUGACGCAAGGUGGAGCUCCCGACCACUCGCUCAUCUAUUGGUCUUGGGAAAAAGGAAAGGUGAUGGCUAGCAUUGAUAUAAAAUCAACAACAGCUUCACAAGCGCCUGCCUCGGUUAAUCAGGUCUCGUUCAAUCCUCAAGAUAAUACUCAGAUAUGUGCGAUUGGCAAUGGCAUCUUCAGAAUGUUUCGAUAUAACGAAUCCGUAUUGAAACCAUCUCAAAAUCUUAAACAAGAGCAACACAAUUUCACUUGCCAUUGCUGGGUAUCGGAUGAACGAUUGUUAGCUGGCACUGAUCAAGGCAAACUGUUUUUGAUCCAAAACGGUGAAAUCCUUCAUGAGAUCAAACUUGAUGCAAAAUUUGAGUCACGAUCCGUAACAAGUCUACAUUCUGGUGACGAUCGUGUAGGCAUUGGUGAAAGUAACAUGGACAUUAAUCUCGAGGAUAAUUAUGCCAAUAAAUCUGAAGUGACAUGUAUCGUACCAUUUUCACGUGGUAUUCUGGUUGCUGCUGGCGUUAACAAAGUAUAUAUGUUCGAUCGAAUUGAUGACAAUCGAGAAUAUUAUCGACGUAAUCGAGAAAUUGUCUUGCCCAACAAUUCUGAGAAGAUGAAUAACCAACAAGUUGCUUCCAUGUGUUUAAGUCCUUCGGAAGAGACGUUAGUUGUUGCUACAGAUCAUCAACAAAUCUAUCAAGUUUCGUUUUCCAACAUCGAUAUCACCAAAGAUGUUGCUACGUUCACAUUCUUAGCAGAUGGCAAUCAUUGUGCUCAAGUGACUGGAUGUGAUACUUGUAUUCGAAAACAACUGAUCGCCACUUGCGGCGUCGAUAAAACCGUCCGAAUCUGGAAUUAUGAAACAGGUGCACUUGAGAUAUGUAAAGAGUUUCAAGAAGAAGCCUAUGCUGUUUCUCUACAUCCAUCGGGCUUGUUCAUUCUCGUUGGAUUUGCAGAUAAACUGAAAUUAUUCACAAUCCUGAUCGAUGACCUUCGUCUAUUCAAAGACAUUCCUAUCCGUGGUUGUCGUGAAGCGUUGUUUAGCAAUGGUGGACACUUAUUUGCUGCCGUACAUGGCAAUGUGAUUCAAAUCUAUUCUACAAUUACUCUAGACUCUGUCACCAGUUUAAAAGGACACAAUGGCAAAGUCCGACAGCUGGUUUGGUCACCGGAUGAUGCACGAUUGUUCUCGUGUGGUAUGGAUGGAGCCAUCUAUGAAUGGGAAGUGGCAACCUCGAAACGAUUACACGAGGCCGUUCUAAAAGCAUGUGGUUACACAGGACUCGGCAUUAGCGCUGAUGCUAAAACAGUAUUUGCUGUGGGUACUGAUAGAAAAAUUAAGGAAAUUUACGAAGCACAACAAAUCGUUCGUGAACUUCCAAUCACUCCGGACGACGUUCAGCCGACAUCGAUUGCAAUUAGUCAUACGGGUAAAUCUUUAUUAGUUGGCACUUCGAAAGGAACUGUUCGGUCAUACGCAUUCCCAUUAUCGAAACCGGAUGAAUUCACCGAAUACGUCGGACAUGUUGGCAUGAUCAAUCGAUUACGCAUCACAUAUCUAGAUGAAUAUGCUAUCACUGUCGGUGAUGAUGGUAUUGUCAUCAUAUGGACCUUACAAGAAGUUGGUAUUGCGAAAAAAGAGAAAGACAUCAUCUAUGCUGAGGAAAUUCUGAUUACAAAAAGUGACCUGGAAGAAAAAAACGCACUGAUACGUGAAUUGAAACAACGUGUGUCGGAAUUGCGUGAAGAGAAUGAUUAUCAAUUGAAACUGAAAGACAUGACUUACACGGAACGAAUUCGUGACUUAGGUGAUAAAUUAAUGCAAGAAAUGGAGAAUUUGAAAAUGAAACAUACCGUUGUUACUGCCGAAAAAGAAAAAGAGGCUAGUAAACAUGCUGAACAACUGCAUGAUCUUCUGGAAAAGCAAACCAAAGAAUUACAAGAUUUAGAAAGUUCCAAUAAUCAAAAGCUCAUGCUCGAAUAUGAGAAAUAUCAAGAUCUUCAAAGUAAAACCCAGAAAACCCAAGAAGACUACGAACGGCAAUUGACCGAAUUGGAAAAUAAGAAAGAAGAAGACGUCGCACGGCAACGAUUGAAAUACACCACGGAACUCGAGAAGAUCAAAAACCAACUAUUUGUCGAACAUGAGAAAGGCAAACAACAAUCGCGUGAUUACGAGGAAACUAAACGUCAAAUUGAAGAGGAUGCCGAUGAAGAAAUUCUCAAAUUAAUGCAAGCAAAUGAACAAGCGUUGAGUCAAUGCAAAGAAGAAAACGUCAAUUUGAGAAAUAAAAGUACAACCUAUCAACGAAAAGUGAAAGAUUUAGAAGAAGGUAUUCGAAAGAAAGAAGUCGAUUUGGGAAAUUCCAAGAGUGAAGAAGUAAAAUUACAGAAUAAUAUUCGUGGGCUGAAAAAGGAUAUCGAAGGAUUGAAAAAAGAAAUCCAAGAGCGGGAUGAAACCAUUCAAGAUAAAGAAAAACGAAUUUAUGAAUUGAAACGUAAAAAUCAAGAAUUAGAAAAAUUCAAGUUCGUCUUGGAUUAUAAGAUCAAAGAAUUGAAGAAACAAAUUGAACCGCGUGAAAUUGAAAUCAAAGAUAAAAAGGAACAAAUUACAAAUAUGGAAGCUGAGCUUGAACGAUUGAGUAAAAGCAAUGAUGAAGAAAAACUGAAAAAUGAAGAAUUACGUUCGAAACUAAAUGCGUCCUCUCUAGCUUUACAACAAGAAAAACAAAUGAAACGAGAUUCGGAACUGGCUUUGAAACGUAUCAAAACAGAUAUUCACAAUUGUUCAGCAUUGAUUACCGAACCAAAAUUAUUGACACAACGCGUUGCCGAGAUCUAUGCUCAAUAUGUUCGAGAAGAUGCGACCGAAGAAGCCAAUAUCGAUCAAGACAUAACUAAAGAAUAUGCUCGACAACGUGAUCAUCUCGAACGAACUGUUCGAAGUUUAAAGGCUAAAGUUGAUAAGGACUCCGAAAGACACAAAACAGAAAACAUUCGUAUCAUGCAAGAAAACGUCACGUUAAUCAAAGAAAUCAACGAUCUACGACGCGAAUUGAAAGCUGCUCGAGUUAAGUUACAAGAACUUCAAACAGCUAUGGGUAUCAGUCGUAAAACAGCUGCACGUACCACAGAAGAUAUUGUUCAAGCAUUGAAUACACAUCAGAACGCACACAUUGUCAAAGAAAGACAAGGAGAAUUAGAGAAUUUAAUCCAACAUCAACGCCAGGAAAUUCAACGACUUCACGAACAAAUUGCUAUUAUGGAGUCCGGCAAUAGACGUAGUAGUUCAGCAACUGGUAAUCGAUCGCGUCCGACCUCGGGACAACUGCCACCGAUCCCAUCAGCAUUAACAGCUCAUUGA